AUGGACGCCAACACCACUGUAAAGGGCUCGGAGAGCGACAGCGAGCUCGUAGAUAAAAAAGCCUUUACGGCGGUUAAAGCUAACGACAGCGACAACAAUUCAACCAGCAAAAAGCGAAAUCUGGAUAAGUAUUGUCGGAAGAUUGACACACGCAUUCUAAUAUUUGCUAUUAUUCUUUCUAUUUUGGCCCAAAGCGACCGCGGCUCCAUUGGCGUUGCCAAGGUUGUCGGCCUAGAAAAGGAUUUGGGGAUGGUCAAUAACAACUUUAACAUUGCCGCGACUUUGUACACGGCGGGGUUUCUUUCACUCGAGAUGUUUUCCAACUUUUUGCUCAAACGUGUUGGCGCAUCUCGGCUGCUACCAACAUUGGGCAUUGCCUGGGGUAUCGUGUGCACAUUGCAGGGAGCCAUUAACACAAAAACACAGCUCUAUGUGAUGCGACUGCUCCUGGGCAUGGCUGAAUCGGGAUUCACAGCUGGAAUUCUGCUUAUGAUGUCGUUUUUCUAUCCCAAGCGUAAGCUAACAACGCGUGUUGGCUUCUUUUAUUUGAGCUUUCCCUUGGCCAAUGUGUUUUCGGGUCCCCUGGCCUCUGCCUUAUCGCACAUCGACCAUCCGACCAUCAGCCACUGGCAGUGGGUGUUUAUUCUCGAAGGGCUCAUCACCAUUGUAGUUGCGUUUUUUGGCUACUUUAUUUUCCACGAUCAUCCGGAAAAGUGCUCGUUUCUGUCACAAGAAGCGAAAGAUUUUAUAGUGUCGUAUAAGCGCAAAGAGAAAACACUGGGAGGAUCAGAGAACUUGGCAAUGAAUGAUACUAAGCGGGCUCUGGCAGACUGGCAAUUGUGGUGCAUGGUAUUUGGGACUUUUGCAGCAUGUGCAGCCUGCAAUUCAUUGUCAGUGUUUGCACCCGAGGUCAUCAACAAGAUGGGAUUCUCGCCAACGCAAGCGCAGGUCAUGAGUGCCCUGCCCUCGGCGUGUGGCACCGUUGCCCUAUUAUUUGCUGGGCAAAUCGUCAAGGUGUGUCGCAGCCAUUGGGUUGCAGGGUGCUUGGUCAUGAGUGUUGCCCUGAUGGGAAGUGUAAUCAUGAUUGCUGCACUCAGUGUGCCUGUACGGGUCUUUGGCUUGUGUCUUGUUGGUGCUGGGUCGUUUGCUGGACAAGGAAUUUUGCCUGGGUGGGUUGUCACAGCAAAUUCGCAGACCGUGGCUAAUUCUGCUGUCGCGUCCACGCUCACAGUAUUUAUGGGCUCUUCGUCAGGAUUUGUGGCAUCGAAUGUGUUUUUGAACUGGGAUGCGCCGCGCUUUGCCAUUGGGCACUCGGUCAACAUUGGAACUCUGUCCUUGGGAAUUCUGGCUUGUGUUGUUGUGCGCAUUAACAUGGGACGCAGGAACCGCCGUUUGGACGACCAACAGCAUCAGAUAGGGUUUGACAAGCCAGGUUUCCGCUUUGUAUAUUGA